AUGCACCACAUCGCGGAACUCAACAACACACGACCAAAGCAGCCGUUUUUCUUCCUGAAGCCGCCGUCGUCCAUCCUCCUACCUGGCCAGGGACCGGUAUUGCGCCCCAAGGGCGUCAAUCUACACUAUGAGGUGGAGUUGGGUCUCGUGAUGGGGCGUACUGUGCGGGACUUGGACCCGGAGGAUCACAAGGGAGCGCUUGAUGCGAUUGAUAACGAGGCCAAGCGCAAAGGUCUGCCCUGGUCGAUCGCCAAGGGCUUCGACACCUUCCUGCCCAUCUCGCAGCAGAUCGCCAAAUCGCGGAUACCGGAUCCUCACGAUGCCUUCCUGCGCCUCUCGGUAGGCAAUGAAUUGCGCCAGGCAGACUCGACCGGUCUGAUGCUGUACCGCAUCCCGAGGCAGUUGGCUGAUAUCUCCCGCGUGAUGACGCUCGAGCCAGGCGACCUGGUUCUGACGGGCACGCCGAAAGGAGUCGGCGAAGUGAAGUCGGGAGAUGUUAUGAAAGCGACGAUCGAGGUUGGAGGCCAGGUGUUGGAGGAGGGGACAAUCGAGGUUGAGGUCAAAGACCGCGACGGCCGGUAUGAAUUCAAGGAGACUUAA